AAAAUUUCGAAGAGACUGAUUAUGGGCAAUUUGCCACCAUGAUCGAGAGCGUUAAUGGUCAACAAUCAAAGAUGGGGAAUCGGAUUAUGAACAGUUAAUACUUGAUAUGACACCGGAGCCUCUGCAACAACUGAUCCAACCCCAAAUCCAAAACCCUCCUCUCCACUCUCGUUGGCAUCUCCAUAACUCCAAAAAAUGCUAAGAUCACUUUCGCUGAAACGCUCUCUCCACUCCCUGCGCCGCCGCCAAACGACCGCCGUUGAACCUCCUUUUCCCCCAAUUCGUAAACUCUGCAGCACCACCUCCACCCCCGUUCCUCCUCCUCCUCCCUCCUCCACCGACGCCGAGCUCCGCAAGUACGUAGGCUACGGUGCCCUCUUCCUCUUCUGUGGCGCCGCCACCUACUACUCUUUCCCCUUUCCGGAAAACGCCAAGCACAAGAAGGCUCAAAUCUUCCGUUACGCUCCUUUGCCCGACGACCUCCAUACUGUCUCCAACUGGAGCGGAACUCACGAGGUCCAGACCCGCAACUUUCACCAACCAGAGACGCUCGCGGACCUCGAGGCUUUGGUCCGUGACGCCAGCGGCAAACGGGCUAAGAUCCGACCCGUUGGGUCAGGGUUAUCUCCCAAUGGGAUUGGACUAGCCCGAGGCGGGAUGGUCAACCUUGCUCUCAUGGAUAAGGUGUUGGAGGUCGAUACGGAAAGGAAAAGAGUCAGGGUGCAGGCAGGAAUCAGGGUGCAGGGGUUGGUGGACGCCAUUAAAGACUAUGACCUUACUCUCCAGAACUUCGCCUCCAUUAGAGAGCAGCAGAUUGGUGGCAUUGUUCAGGUUGGUGCACAUGGUACUGGUGCAAGAUUGCCGCCUAUUGACGAGCAGGUGAUAAGCAUGAAAUUGGUCACCCCUGCCAAGGGAACAAUAGAGAUUUCAAAGGACAAAGAUCCAGAGCUCUUUUAUCUAGCUCGUUGCGGCCUUGGGGGCCUUGGAGUCGUUGCUGAAGUCACCAUCCAGUGUGUUGAGAGAGAGCAGCUUGUGGAGCACACAUAUGUCUCAACCAUGAAAGAUAUCAAGAAAAAUCACAAAAAAUUGCUGUCUGAGAAUAGGCAUGUGAAGUACCUUUACAUUCCUUAUACUGACACUGUGGUGGUUGUGACUUGCAACCCUGUCUCAAAAUGGAAAGGUCCACCCAAGUUCAAAGCCAAAUAUAGCAAGGAUGAAGCACUGCAGCAAGUUCGUGACCUCUACAGAGAAGCGCUUAAGAAGUACAGGGCUGAAGAAAUUACAGCUAAACCUUCUGAAAACAAUGAGCCAAACAUAAAUGAAUUUUCAUUUACGGAGCUAAGAGAUAAACUACUUGCCCUUGACCCUCUCAACAAGGAUCAUGUAAUAAAAAUUAAUCAAGCCGAAGCUGAGUUUUGGAGGAAGUCAGAGGGAUACAGAGUGGGAUGGAGUGAUGAAAUCUUGGGCUUUGAUUGUGGUGGGCAGCAGUGGGUAUCUGAAACUUGUUUUCCUGCUGGAACACUUGUCAAGCCAAACAUGAAAGACCUUGAGUUUAUAGAAGAGCUGAAGCAACUUAUAGAGAAAGAAGAUAUACCUGCACCUGCUCCAAUUGAGCAGCGGUGGACAGCUCGAAGCCAGAGCCGCAUGAGUCCAGCUUCAAGCUUAGCAGAGGAUGACAUAUUCUCAUGGGUUGGCAUAAUCAUGUAUCUUCCUACUCUGGACCCUCGACAGAGGAAGGAAAUAACGGAAGAAUUCUUUCAUUACAAACAUCUGACUCAAGCGGAGCUUUGGGAUCGUUAUUCUGCUUAUGAGCAUUGGGCUAAAAUUGAGGUUCCAAAGGAUAAAGAAGAACUUGCUGCUCUUCAAGCAAGACUAAGAAAACGUUUUCCAGUGGAUGCAUACAAUGAAGCGAGAAGAGAGUUGGAUCCAAACGGAAUACUUUCUAACAAUAUGCUGGAAAAGCUGUUCCCGCUAUCAGAUUCUGUUUAAGAUGUUUCAUUGGAACAGAAGCUGCUCAGCAUUUGAUGUCUUGCCUGGUAAUUUACUACAAAAGUAGGUGAUGACUUUCUUAUUUUUAUUCUGGUUGUGCCAUAAAAUAUAAGCCUUUCUCAUCUACCUAUUCUCCCGAAUAAAGUCCAAAAACAA